AUAAUCGUUCAGGGACUUCAUGUUUUCGAUUUUCGGGAAACCAUCAGUCAGUAAAUCUCUUGUCAAAUUUACUGAACAGCCAUACGCUCCAUAAACAUCUAAAAACACAGAAGAUUCAUUGUCCAGCUUAAACAUGGAAAAUACUACAAAUGACGAUUAUUAUCCUUACUCUGGAUUCAGCCAACCUUGCGAAGAAAACUUGCAGUAUUUUAACAGCACAGUUUUAGUCCUAGUAUACAUCUUAGUCUUCUGUCUCAGCAUGGUGGGCAACACCGUGGUAAUUCUCGUGGUGUAUUUCAUGGAAAGCCGCAGGGCGUCUACUGACGUCUACCUGAUGCACCUGGCGAUCGCCGACCUGCUCUUUUCGUUGACUCUCCCAUUCUGGGCCGUCGACCUCCACAGCGCCAACUGGAUGUUCGGCACGGGUAUGUGCAAAGUGGUGUCGGGUGUGCAGGAGACCACGUUUUACUGCUGCGUCUUCCUUCUGGCUUGCAUCAGCGUCGAUCGCUACCUGGCCGUCGUUAAAGCGACCCAGUUUCUCUCCAGACAGCGCCACCUAGUUGGGGCGGUAUGCAUGGUGGCAUGGACGAUUGCUUUUUUUCUGUCUCUGCCGGUUAUAGUGCACCGCAAGGCUUUUAUUCCUGAGGACAGGAUGAAUUACGUAUGUCAUGAGAAUUUGACCGAAAGCAUGGACGAAUGGAGAAUGGGCUUGCGUAUUCUUCGCCACACGGCUGGAUUCUUCAUCCCGUUGACGGUGAUGAUCUUCUGUUACGGUUUUACUUUCUCCACUCUGUGUCAUUCGCGAAACAGCCAGAAGCAGAAGGCCAUGCGGGUGAUCCUGUGUGUAGUACUGGCGUUUAUCAUCUGCUGGUUGCCCAAAAUCAUCACAGAGAUCAUUGACAAUCUGAUGAGGGCCAGUCAGAUCACUGACACAUGCGAGCUGAGAAACAGUAUAGAUGUGGCGUUGUAUAUCACCAAGGCUUUGGCUUUUACCCACUGCGCUUUUAAUCCCAUUCUGUACGCUUUUAUUGGAAAGAAAUUCCGCAACCAGCUCCUAAUGUCUCUCUUCAGGAAAGGCCUUGUGGGGAGGGAAACACUGUCAAAAUACAGAGUUGGAUCUGUCUACAGCUCAGCAAGCUCAAGACUUUCUUCUGUUACUCAAAGUUAGUAUCCCUAUUUGGCGUGCAUGUGUGAAUAAGGCAUAUCUUAGCUUCUGUAAUCUUUAAAUCUGAAUUGAGAAUGCAGAGUAUCUCUACGUCAGCAUAAUUUUGCAGGAUAUGAAGCAACAAGAAUACACAAAUACGAUUGUUGAGCUGUUACACAAUGUCAUUUCAUUUCAUACACUGUCAGAAAAAUGGUCCCUAACUGUCCAAACCAAAAAGGUAUACGUAUCUAUACAUAAAUGGUAUAUAUUAGGACUUUUAUCAGCUUUUUUGAUCUUUAUUUUCUGACAGUGUAUGGUGUUAUCUUGUGAGUGGGAUAGAAAAGGAGAAAUUUUGAAGGAUUGUGCAACAACAAUUCACAGUGACCACAUCCGAAAAUAUAAAAAGAAAAAAAACAGAAUUCCUCAUGAUUCAUACGCUGUAUUACUUUCGAAGUCAUAUGAUCAUUUUGUGUGAAGACUGGAGUUUAAAAUCUCAUUCUGCAUUUUGCAUAAUGCCUGUGUUAUGUUAUGCCACUUUAUGUUAUCUAUGUAAAAUAUCUUUUGUAAAAGAAAAAACGCAUAAAACAUUUCAAACAGUACCCAGCAAGCAUUAGCCAUCACUUCAUCCAUGGUUCAUGGAUCUCCAACCUUGUUCCUGGCAGGCACUUUUCCUGCAGAUUUCAGCUCCAAUCAAACACACCUUAACCUGUUAAUCAAGUUGUUCAGGGCUACAUUAACAUUAGGGGCAGGUGUAUUGGAGAAGGGUUAGAACUCAAAUAUGCUGGACAUGUAGUAUUCCAAAAUCCAAAGUGUUCAUUCGAUGGACACUUUGCUAUCCCGUGAGCCCCUGGGAGAGGAAUUAUCCAACAAAGAAAAGAUGGGGGGAGGUUGUUUUAUUCAUUUGGACGGCCUUAGGGAGCGUAAUGGAAUUUUGUUUGAAAUAUUAACAGUGAGCGCCUUUGUGAUAACUAGUUGCAUAGUUGAAAACUACAAUAUUAAUUUCUCGCCAGAAAUGCAAUCAAAAGGUGCAAAAAGUGAAAAUUACACUAAAUUUGUGAUCUGUCACUUUCUUGGCCGCCAUUUUAUUUUUUCAAACUCAACCAGGCUCGACCAACCGCAUUCCCCGUGCACGCCCAUGCGUAGAAUUGUGGGACAAGAUGAUGAAGGUAUCUCAAGAGACAGGAAGUAAACCAAACAUUGGAUUAGGACGUGCCUUCCGGCCUUGGAAUGCUGCCUCCUAAGGUAGCUUUGGCCCUGUCCCACAUAGCGCACUUCAUGUGGACUUUCGGUCUUAUGGCCUUUAAUUGCUACGAGUCCGUAUGGUGUCCCAUCUGUCAUUUUUAUGCUCCGAUGUGUCUGUCCCAAAAUACGAUUCCGGUGCACCCUCGUGGACUCGCGUCAAGGGUCCCUAAAGUUUGCACUAAAUUAUGUCAUCAAAGUGUGGACUUGAGACCAACUAAAAAAUGUUAUUACACUUCAAUUAUAUUUUUUUCCAAAACUGGUUUCUGUCAUUUACUGUAAUUUUUAUCACGCUGAUGUAAAUUGUUUGUUUUUAAAAUAAGUUGUGCUAAGUUAUUUAAUGAUAUAAAAACGGUGGUGUCACGUCAUGAUUGACAGCUGUGAUAUCGUGUGAUAUGCGCAUUCUGCGAGAGCGAGGCCGGGGUCUUGAUUUCGCGUCUUUAUUCCUGCUCACUACUGUGCAGGACUUGUCCCAAAUUCGCUACUGCACAGACUCAAGACCCAAGAUGUCAGCGCCAUAUCGGGACACUGGCGGCUUCACUUUUCACCAAUGGAAGAGAGCGAACACUGAUGGGCAACUUCUCUUUCUACGUUCGGCGUGACGCUCAAGUCUGUCCCAAAAUAUGACUGCAGUGGACUUGCGUCAAGGGUUCCUAAGGUCUGCACUACAUGAUGUCAUCAAAGUGUGGACUCUGAAGAAGUCUGGAGUGUGCCAUUUGGGACAGGGCCUUAGUCUACAUGUCCGUAUGGUGUCCCAUCUGUCAUUUAUACACUCCGAAGUGUGCUAAUCAGCACCCCUUUGCACCCUUGAUGUGGUCUACGGCACUUUACCAACCCAGAAGUCCUUGCGAAAGAGCAAUCAGACGACGGAUGGGAGGAGGUCACACUGAUAGGCAACUUCUCUUUCUAUGUCCGGCGUGACGCUCGAGUCUGUCACAAAAUACGAUUCCGGUGCACGCUCUUGGACUCGGGUCAGGGGUCCCUAAAGUCUGCACUACAUGAUGUCAUCAAAGUGUGGACUCUGAGGUCUUUUUGUUUUGCUAAAAUCUGCAGGAAAGUAGCUCACCAGCAGCAGUGUUGGAGACACCUGGUCUAGGUUAACCAUAAACCUAAUAAACUUGAAUUUGGUUUCAUGUCAUUUUUGACUUAUAUAACCCACUAUGUAAGCAAAGUCAACAGUGAUAACAAUCUGUUUGGUUUCAUUUCUUUAUUUUAUUAUUAAUUUCAAAUUUCGGCUUGUUUUAAUCGUCUGGUCUGUGUUUAGAUGGACUGGCUAUUAGAUGUUUUUUAAAUGCGAAAGUGCAUUGCUGGUUAUUAUUAGACAGACUUGUGUGUCUUUGUCUGUUUUUCACUUUCCACAUGAUGAUAACAAUCUACGGAGGUGUUGCUUUAGUUUCCGUUAACCUGUAUCUCAAAAUGAUCUGGAAAACAACCUUUAUCACUUUACAAACACACCUUAAUCUUUGUUUUUUUUCUGCAUCACAACAAAGUUGAGUCAGUAAAAGUGAGUUUUGCUGCACAUACUGUACUCAGUUAAGAAAUCUGUCUGCGUUUUCUCGUGCAAGAACACGAUUUCAACAACCUUUCCACUUCCCCUCAAAAACAUUGAUAAGUGAUGAAACAUGCUUCCUCAUUACCUUUCUCAACCCAACUUUAAAAAACACCUCUGUCCCCAGCAAGAAAAAAACGAGAUGUUGAAAUGACGGCUAACUAUAGACCCAAUAUAAUCCGGCUAUGAGGCUAACCCAGUUCUACCAUAAAUAACCUUGAAUUUGGUCAAAUGCCAUUUUUGCCAAAAUAACUUGAAGAUGUAUGAUAUCUGAUAAGGUUUUUCCUUUAAUUUCUUUUACAUGUCCUAAAAGUUUACGCAUUGUCUAUUCUUGGGCUAUACGUCUAUUAGACUUUCACUGGCAGCCCAAAUUUAGCUAAAAUUGCUUGCUUGAUUAAAGCUUUCUUGACUCUUCAAGACAUAUAUACUGUGUCCAUCAAACACAUAAUAAUACUUGAUUAUAAGUAUUAUCAAAAUAAUAUAAACUGUUGAUGGUUGCAAGAUGCUUAUUGAUCCUUAUCAACAAUGUAAGAGAUGCGGUCGUACUUAUUAUUUCUGUGUAAAGGAUGUGGUCCGCUUUUACUCUCUGCACUUUUGAAAAAAUAUUUCAGGUUAUUGAUUGAGAGGAUGAUUAUUUUGUUUUGAAACUGUACCGCAUAGUUAUUUGGGGAUUUAAAGCAAUUAUGGAAACUGUUUGACCACUUCAUUUCUUACCAGAUCACCAUGCUGAAAAACGAACAGAAACGAUCAAAUUCUAAUGGGUUUAAUGGAAAUUGUAUUGGUUUUAAUGGAAACUACAAAGGUCAUCUGUGGGUCUCUAGUAAUGUGUUGGGUUAAUGGGGUGUUAUCUGGUUUAUGGAAACCAAUAAACCAAUUAAAUUUGACUGAAAUAAGGCCCAAACCAUGUUGCAAAAAGACAUUUUGUAAUGAGUUUUAACAGGAAGCAGCUAGAUGUUUAUACACUCUUGAAAUGAAUGUGUUACAAUACUUGACACAUCGCUUUGUUAUUUUUGCAAGGAACAACACACUAUGUGUUUUUUUAACACAUCUUGUGUUGUCCCUUUAAUUUAUUUGAAAUCAACACGAAAUGACACCUAAUGUGUUAAAAUGACACAUAAUGUGUUAAAUAGGAUAACACAAAACAAUGUUUUAAAAAUUAACACAUACUUUCUUAGAGUGUAAUAGUGUUUGUAAUGGAAAUCAUGUAAUUUUCAGCAUAAAAGUAGUUGGGCAUCAUGCAAUUGUUUUUUAUAUUCAUAUAUUAUUCAAGUCAUCAACCCUGUUUUAAAUGUAUGUUGUAUGCAUUUUAUACUCACAUAUAUCACUGUAUAUAUUAAAGCUAGAAGACAUAAAAGGAUUGUUGUGGAUUACUUUUAUGAGUGAUUAUAUAUUUGCGUGUACAUUUGGUGUCCAAAGUCGUUAUUUUGUCAGCUUUUUCAAAAGGUUAUAUUUUAAAU